AUGCCGCUUCCGAAGCGCCUAGUGCAGCCGGUGUUCGUCGCACGAUCGGUGUACGUGCGUGAGGAACUCCCGGCGGAACUGGAGACGGUCACCAACACGACACUCACGAACAUCGUCCGGCAGCUAUCAUCGUUGUCGAAACAUGCGGAGGAUCUUUUUGGAGAGCUGGCACGAGAUGCGGGUGGUUUGGCCGAGCGGGCUAACUCGCUGCAGGCACGUAUUGACCGGCUCGCGAUGAAGGUAACCCAGCUAGACAGUACGGUCGAGGAGGUGUCACUGCAGGACAUCCAGCUGAAGAAGGCGUUCAAGAGUGCCACCAUGUUCGAUCAGCAAAUUUUCUCCCGCGCCACCAUGCCGUCGGCGAUGCUGGAGGUGUACAAGACGUGUGACAAACCGCCUCCGCUGGACAAGCUCAAUUGCUACCGGGACGACGGUAAGGAUGGGCUGAAGUUCUACACCGAUCCGAACUACUUCUUCGAGCUGUGGCGGCAAGAGAUGCUAAAGGACACCGAGCGCGUGAUGCACGAUCGUGGCAAGAAGGUGCACAAACCGCGGACCGAAGGUGGUGCAGAUGGUGGUGGUCGGCAGAAGAAACGGCCACGUGCACCGCACAACACACGCGAAAAGCAACGCCAACGGGCCAUCGGUCACGGGGAAACGCUGAUGCCAAAUAACGUCAUCUACCGCACGCCGAAUGCGAUCGUCGGUUCGCAGGAGGAAGCGAUUUACAAUAGCGCGUUGGCCGGUGGUGGCAGCAUGAUCUACGAUUCCCGGUCAUCCUCGGCGAUGGGCGGUAGUAGUAGCGGUGUCGGUGCAAACCGUCCCAACUCGAUCGAGCUCCGGCGAAGCUACCAGCAGCCGAAUGAGAUGGUUGAUGGUGGUGGCUAUGCGCCACCCUCACCCGGUGGUGGUUAUCAUCAGCACCAGCAGAUGACACUCCAUCAACAACAGCACAUGCAGCAGCAUGGUGCCGGUGUCUACCAGCAGCAGCAACCGAUCUAUGAUCAAUACGGUAACGCGUCGAUUUACGGUUCCGGUGCGAAUCAGAUGUCCCAGGAAAGCCUGUACGCACCGGGAACUCCUUCGCGGUCGAAGUCACGACCAUCCCAGCCUCCACCGGCUCCACCAUCAUCGGGCAGUGGCGGUGGAACACCAAACGCAUCGAAUGCGAAUACGCCGACACGCAGUCGCAGCCUCUCGACUGGCCGUGACAAUCUGCCUCCGCCGCCACCAAUUCCGGAGGGCCUGCAGUCUCCACCGCACACUAUGGCCAACGGAGGCACGAGUGUCGCUGCGAAGAUGCUCUUGAACCGGUCUGGCUCGCGGGCAGGCUCACCGCAGCUUGGCAUGACGGGUGGCCAGCAGCAGCAACAGCAACACCCGCACCAGCACCAGCAGGUCGUCGUGCAGUCGAUGAUGGACCAGAACCAGCUGGCACUGGCCCAACUGAACCAGCAGAUCAGCAACCUGAACAAUCUCAACAUGCAGCUGAACCAGAUGUCGAUGAACGAUCUGCCGCCGCCACCGCCGAUACCGGAGCAGUUAUCACCUAAACAGUCGCCACCAAAUGUAGCACCUCCGCCUCCACCGCCACCUCCACCAAUGCUGGACGGCCCAAUGAGUCCAUCGAAGAUGCCACUGGCCAAUGGCGAUCUGUACAACAUGCCGAAAAUGCACCAACUGAAGAAAAUCCCGCCGCAGGAGAAGAUUACCUACGAUGAUCCCCGUAGCGAUUUGAUGAAGGCCAUCCGAGACGGCAUCAAACUGCGCAAGGUGGAAAAACAAAACCACGAAGCGAAGGAGAACGAUCGCAACAAGGGACUUCAUGAUGUAGCCUCGAUCCUGGCUCGACGCGUCGCGAUCGAGCUGUCAGAGUCGGAGUCAUCCGAAAGCGAUGAGGACAGCGAGGGCUGGCAGGAAACGAACGAAACGUCCGCAUGA